AUGGUCCAAGACUAUAACAAAGGUGGUCUACGUGUUCCAAGCAUAGAGACCAUGGCCAAAUCACUUAAACUGGCAUGGAUAUCCAGGUUCUUACAAAGUAUACCUGCGCAUGACGACGAAUCAUGGAAGGUCAUUCCCAACCACUUUUUCGAUAAAUACGGUGGCUUGAACUUCCUGCUACGUUGUAAUUAUGACAAGAACUUUCUUUAUAAAAUGUGUCUCCCUUACGUCUAUAAGUUGAUAUUACUACAUUUCUUAGAACUUGAAAUUUCUUAUAAUACGCAGUUUUGCCGGUUUGUAUUAUUCAACAAUAAAGAUAUUUUACAGUCAAACCAGGUCAAGCGUUCCCGUCGCUAACAAACUAAUGAAUUCAUUAAUGGAAAAAUGAUUUCGUUUGUUGAUUCAAUAAUCCAUUCAUAAAAUGAAUAAUCCAACGGUCAAAUUGUACCUCGAUUCAAUAAUCAAAUGUUGAUUUGGUUUAUGAACAAAAUCUACCUGUUCUUUAUUCUUGUCUGUUGUGUUCAAUCGUAUUUGCUUCCCUUUUCCUGCCGUUUACGAUUGCGUUUUUCAUUGCCUUUAAUCAAAAUAACAGCUAGAAUAGACAGACCGCAAACGCAAAGAAACUGACAAAGGCCGAGGAUCGAAAUCCACCAAUCACCGCACAUACACUGACCUCAGUUUGACCGUCGUGUUUUCUAAGAGGUCAGGCCUAGGUCUGUUGCACUGAUUAUUGGCAGCAAACUGGCGUACAUGUAACAGUUUGUUUGGGUUUGAACUUCAGAACUCGCCAGCACUCGACUCUCAGAAAAAAAAAAAGAGGAAAAAACAAAAUUCUGAGGUUAACUUGUGGAGAGUGUAAUUUUUCAAAAAACAGUAAUCGAAUCAACAUUCGAUUAUGGAAUCGAGGCUAAAUAUGACUAUUGGAUUAUUCAUUUUAUGAAUGGAUUAUUGAAUCAACAAACGAAAUCAUUUUUCCGUGAAUGAAUUCAUUAGUUCGUUAGCGACGGGAACGCUUGACCUGGUUUGACUGUAAUUGGCGGCCGUUCAUUCUUUUAUAGAAGUUGGAUGAAUAAAAAUGUCUUUCUUGUUCAAGAUCUCUUAGGCGAUGAUGGUAAGGUACUUUCUUACUCAAAGGGGGGAAUUUCAUAUAUCCCAUGAUGCAUCGCUUCAUACUAUAUUAUCAAGCUUCCGAACGCACCUGAUGCUAUCAGUUCAACAGGGACGCGACAGUUGAACAGCAGUGGAAAGCGACUUGUUCUGCCGAUAAAACUUUCUGUACCUUUGCUGUGUCGAUCAAUUUACGAUUUUCGUUUUACUAUUCCAAAUAUAUCUAUUGUUAAGUCAAAGAGAGUGUUUUGCCCGCCGAUUAUGAGUUAACUAGACUUACGAUAGCAACACAGUCCCCACAAACGUUCUUAGAAGCUAGCGAGGAAGGUCUUUGCUUCAGUACGUCCUGUUUUAACGUGCGUUGACAAAGCUCUCCAUGAAUUAACAAGCGAUUUCCACGACUUGUCUUGAAAUAAAUACACAUUCUAGGUGUGAGAUUUCUCUUCGUUGCUUGUUUGUGAUCGGGGUGUUCAUAUUGCCAGUUCAAUAAUUCAUCGAUGUAGUACAUCAACCGUACAGUGACUGCACACGCUUUUACUUUAACAAGCUCGGCUUAUGUAGUCGAAAACACCGAGACCGCUUAAGUGCAAAGUGACGUCUAUCGGAGAUAAAAUUCAAAGGAGGGAAAUAGCUCCAACAAACAAUAAAAAUAACAAAGACAUCUCCAUAUUUUUCGUAACACAACACGAGCUAAGCAUCAUUGUCAAACAUAAACAGAAAAAAGCUUUAUUAAGAAAUGGCACAAUACAUAUACAAAAACACCCACUUCUUCACUACAAUGGAUCCUAAAAGAAUUAUCAAAAUGUCUUAAAAGGUUUUAUACGCCGGUUGAGGUCCUACGGCGUGCUAUUCCAUGACAUUUGCCGCCCUGUAUAUUUCAAGUUCUCCACGCGCGGUUGCGACCGGAAGCCACCAUGAGAAACCAAUUUACCUAAAAUAAUGAGACAAAAAAGCUUCAAUAUCUAUAAACUAUUGAAUUUAAACAUUCAUCAUACCCUCAAGAGAUAAUAUUUGUGUUUUGAUCAACGAAAAAAGAGCGAAUUCAAGAAAAAAAUGUCCCAUCUUCGCAGGACUUAGCAUAAAGAAAUUGAAACCUUCGUCUUGCAGAAAGGGCAGAAAAUGGAUAUUUUAAGAAGAUCAAACCCUUAAAAAUCGCGAGUUCGAAGGAGGUUGGAGCGUGGAACUAGUAUCAAGCAUCCCUUGUCCGCCGGUUCAAAUAAUUUAUUAGGACAAAACCUUGCUAGAAUAAAGACAGUUUUCGAUAAUUGAAAGUCAUCUAAAUAGAUAUUCACUUGCGACUUAAAACAGCAUGGCUUAACGUGGUCGUAAAAGAGAGCAAUAAUCCGUGAAAUGACCAUGGGACCAUUUUACAUUAUUAAUAAGAUACCAAAGAUUAACAGGGCUCAUUAAAACUUACCUUGGGUGAGCUGCAUCUUGAAAUUCAGGUCGUUGAAAAUCUCCCUCGAAACCCUCGAACCCUCUUUCCACCGCGGAGAGAAGACACAAAUUUGCCGCGAAGCAUCAUGGGAUAUAUGAAAUUCCCCCCUUUUUCUUACUCGGAAUUUUCUAGGAAAUUUCAACUGAACGGUAAUUUCUUACAAUACAUGCAAGUUGUUUCUGCGAUUCCUAAGGAUCUGAUGGAUGACGCACGGAGAUGCCACCUUGAUAAAACUAGUAUUUUGUCCGAAAGCUCCUUCCAGCUCUCAGCGGACCUUUCAUUAGAUUUACUUAAAAUGAAAAAUAGAAAUUACUACUGGCUCUUGAUUGGUAAAGAUCAACUUGAAAUUAACGCUAACAUGAAAUGGGAAAGAGACCUCCUACCUGAAACAAUACUUGCAAGACAUCAUUUCUCCCGUGUGAAAAAUAUUUGCAGAGACAACAAACUAAGAGAAUUCUACUUUAAACUCUUACACAGAAUUGUCGUCACAAAAGGAGAACUGUUCAUGUAUGGUAUUGCAGAAAAUGCGCUUUGUCCUUACUGCAGACAAAAUGAUUCAAUAAUUCAUACUUUUUGUAACUGCCACUGGACCAAGUGGUUUUUUUCAGAAGUAAUCAAAUGGUUCAACGUCGAAAAUGCCACCUCCUUUGCGCCAUCCUCAAGUGAAUUAAUUUUUGGUCUUAAUAAUGACAUAAAGAAUCAAAGCUCUUCGGCAAUUGUCAAAAAGCUCGAUUUUACUCUUUUGUUUGCUAAAUAUUACUUGUACAUAAAUAAGUUAGCUCCUAAAGAUUUAUCUUUGGAUGAAUUUAAGGCUAAAAUCAGUUGGAGAUGCGAUUUCGAAAAACCCCCACCUUCAACUAGUUUGUGA